AUGACCAAAAACCCCCAUACAAUCAUCGUUCCGCGCGCUCAAAUCCCCAUCAUUAAUCUUCGAGUAUCUCGUACACAGCGGAUCUUAACACCGGCGAUUAUUUUAGGGACGUUGAUUUUUUUGUUGCUCUGUGUGGUUGGAGGUAUUUUUUUGUGUGUUAGGUUAUUUGGGGAAGUGGGUGGGAAUACGGAUAGAGAGAAGGAGAGGGUUGGGACGACGUUGAGGGUUGGGACUGUGGUUUUGAUGGAGGAAGAAAAGAAGGAGGAGAAGGAGGAGAAGGAGGAGAAGGAGGAGAAGGAGGAGAAGGAGGAGAAGGAGGAGAAGGAGGAGAAGGAGGAGAAGGAGGAGAAGGAGGAGAAGGAGGAGAAGGAGGAGAAGGAGGAGAAGGAGGAGAAGGAGGAGAAGGAGGAGAAGGAGGAGAAGGAGGAGAAGGAGGAGAAGGAGGAGAAGGAGGAGAAGGAGGAGGAAGAUGAGAAGAUGAGAAGAUGA